CCGAGCUGCUCGAUUUUCUCACACUUGGAUUUCUUUCGCUUCUCGAAAUUUGAUCAUGCAUUGUUUCCCCCGCCCUCUUGCGUUGCGGAUCUUCUCGAAAGUCUCACUGAAUAGAUGAUUGACUACGUACUUCUUCGAAAUCUGGUCAUUGCAUUAUAUUGACAUAAUGUCGGGGGCGAAUGAAAACGAUCCCAAUGUGGGAGAUGUGCCAGAUGACACAAUGAAUUCGCCGAAGGCAGAGAAUACAGAGGCAGGCCUCGCGGUUGCGAGGAAGUGGCAGAAAGGUGCUCCUCCACGAAUCUCUAGUGCUACUACCGUUACUCGGAAAAUACAAAAUCCAAAUGCGGAAGCUUUGGGGUCUUCGAAAGCUGCCAAUCCCACACCUGCUUGUGGGCGGAAGUCACGGCAAGUUACCUAUCUGAAAGACGAAGCAAGAGUAUCUGCAUUGACAGCGGAACUCAAAUCGGCUUUGGAGAAAGCAUGUGCAACGGCCGAAAAGCUGGAAGAGUCGAAGAAAGAAUGCAAGCUGUUGCGAAACCAGGUCACGGUGCUUCAAAAAGAUCUCAACGAAACACAAGAUUUUGUCUUCAGCCUGCAACGGCGUGAGAAGACCAUCACAGAAGCAGACGCUGCAGCAGAAUUCCAUUCACUUUGUCUGACUGUGGAAGAUUGGGUCCAGACGCAACUUACAAAGGCAUUUGACAGCAAAUCCAUCAAAGCAACUCGGCCCGAUCCACGGAUCAGGAAAUUCCUAUCUCUGAUCCCACAGCCAGGAAAGGAAGCAUUCGAAUAUCCAGAUACAGAUGAAUACAACGUGAUUGCAGCGAUCAUGAAAUUUCUGUACCUUGAGAUACUCGCGAAAGACUUUUACUGUCCAAUCGAAAGGGGGUUCAUGAACUUCUUGAACUCAAUUGAAAGAAGUAUGGGGAAUCUUGAGCCACGACGAGAUCUUGUAACCUUGCGCACUUGGCGUUGUGAAACUCUCACUGCCGUCACUCAGCGACCUGAAUUUGUCCAGUUUCGCCAUAAGCAGGGCAAAACACUUUCCAAUGACCUAGCUAAUAUGCUAAGUUUAUUUCAGCCUCGUUCUGACAUUUCGGGAUUCACCCGCUUGGUACAAAGCACGAUAAUCGAACCCGCGCUACAACUAGCACAUAAAAUGCAUUUGUCCGUCCACGAGUUCAGUUUGAGGUACACGUCGUAUCAUUCAACAAAAUCGGAGGAGAGGCACCCUCUUCGCCGAGAGUGGUCCCAGUUUGAUUGUGUUAGCCUAUCGCCGCCAGGGAAGGUGCAAAGGCCUCCCAUCGCGGAUGUAAUCUUCACAUACCUAUUUGAUUUGAGUCCUGAGUUAGUCUUUAGAGCUGUCAAGGCAGAUUCAUUUGCGGAGCCGAGAGUGUUGAAGCGGGGUAGGGUCUUGGUUGCGGUCACUCCAGAGGAACAUGGCCCUUAUACCCGGCCCUUGUCCCGACCGAAAGACUCUCCGACUCUCCUUGGUUUCAUGGCUGAGAUAAAUCAUGCUAAACCGAGUGAUUCUCGGUCAUUUAUGCCAGCUGAGGUCACAGGCACAGAGGACUGAGACCCCAAUCGAUCUGGUGGGGUGUUGCUUCUUCCGAAGGACAAGCGGGCCGUAGCUCGACGCGAAUUGAUGUGAUUCAUAGAUAUCAUGAUCCUAUGUGACUUUUCCACUAGCUAGAAUUGUAGAUUGUCCGUAUGGAACCCGCAAUUCUUCUUGUGCC